ACUUAAUUUUAUUAUAACCCUUCUUCUUCAAUCUGCCAUUUCCAUCAAAUACAACCCAAAGUUUCAAUCUUUAUUGAUUUUUUGAAUUGCCCAUCAUCAAAUCCAUGGAAAUUCCAUCCAAAAAUAUGAUUUUGUGAUACUUGAAGCUCAGAAUUUGGAGAAAGAAAGAGGGAAAAAUGAGGACUUUGUGUGAUGUUUGUGAAGGUGCUGCUGCAAUCUUCUUUUGUGCUGCUGAUGAGGCUGCGCUUUGCCGUGCUUGUGAUGAGAAGGUUCAUAUGUGUAACAAGCUUGCUAGUCGACAUAUACGUGUUGGACUUGCUGCCCCGAAUGCUGUACCAAAAUGUGACAUUUGCGAAAAUGCACCUGCUUUCUUUUAUUGCGAGAUUGAUGGGAGUUCGCUUUGCCUGCAAUGCGACAUGGUUGUUCAUGUUGGCGGUAAAAGAACUCACAGACGAUAUCUCUUAUUGAGGCAGAGAGCAGAGUUUCCAGGGGAUAAAUAUGUCAAUGUUGAAGACAUGAGCUCACAAGGGACACAAGGUGAUCAAAUGGAAGUUAGGAGGGAACCAAAUCAAUCAUCUGACGCAAUUGUGAUGGAGAAGGAGCAAAAUCAUGUAGUACAUGUAGAUGGUAAUGGUGUUUCUGAUGCUCAAAUGGAUAACAAAAUGAUUGAUCUUAAUGCCAGACCCCAAAGGACUUCUGGGCAGUCUCCUAACAAUAACCAGACACAGGGAAUGGACUAUGUUCCUGGAACUAAUGGUGAUUCUGCAAGUGUUGUUCCUGUUAGAUCUUUUAAAAGUGAGCCGGAAAAAUGAAUCAGAUCGCAAAAUGCAAAUAUGCUUACUGAAGGCCCCAUAAUCCUGAUUAUACCUUGGGACUUGAAGUUUAUUCUUGCAUGUAAAAAGCCAAAGUCAUAGGCUUUAAAAAAACAUUCAUAUGAAGUCCCUUAUCUUGGCAUGCCCCUGAGGACAAACUCCAUAACUUAAACUGGGUGUUCUUUGUAAGUAGAGUGGAUUCACUGUGGCCAUUGUUACCAUCGCUGAAGUAAGUGAUUACGGAUAAAUGAUAUUGCUCAGGCUGAAACUCCAUAUAUGUGUACAGGUGUGAAUUGUUACACACCGGUGAAGAUGAGAGAAAGUAACCACUUUAUAAGCUGUUGGAGUUGCUCCCUUCAUUGAUUUUUGGGAUAAAACCUUAAUUAGGCUUAUAAGUGGUUUUAUUUUCCUCUUUCUUCAUAGACAUGGCUCAGCUCCAAUUCCAAUUUUCUCAAAAUUUAACAUUGUAUGGUCUAGGUUCAAGUAAAAAUGUUUUCAGCAACAAAUUUUCAUCUAGUAUACAGUGUUUGAAGCAUCUGCUAUAUUUCUU